AUGUCGCUCUAUGAAUAUGAUGGAGUCCAUGUAAUACGUUUAGAAGCAGGAAAGGCAAAAAAGCAAAUCGAAAGCAAAUCGAAAAGCAAAUCGAAAGGAUCAAAAAGUGGAAAAACUGGAAAAAGUGGAAAGAAAAAGAAAGGAGGAAAGAAGGGAGCUGGAAAAAAGACUGCACAUUUCAAGUAUGUUUCUUUUGUCUUAUAUUUUGUAUCACAAUCAAUUGCUUCUUUCCAGAAAACGUGGUCAUCCAGCAUUCAAAAUAAUGUUCCUAGUUUUUGCUCUUCUCACAGUUUUGUGUAUUAUCGUCGCAUGUGUUGCCACAGUUAUGCUGAUUAUUUCAUAA